CUGGCACCUACCCUACCACGCCUACCCCAGAAUAUGUCCAGACAUGUCCGAAGGUGGGCAUGUGACCCCUCUACGAACACGCCUAGCCACCCUGGACCAAUAGGAACAAGUUUCAGGCUCCGGAGAGGCCCGAGUGAGCGGGUGUGAUAAUGGUCGGGCGGCCAUUUUGUGCAACUUUAUUGGUCGAAAAGGCCCAGAGGAGACCCCACGUGGUCGGGAAGGGCCAGAAGUAGGGGUACGCCCUCACCCCAGAAGUCUGGCACCCACCCUACCACCCCUACACCAGAAUAUGUCCAGACAUGUCCGAAGGUGGACAUGUGACCCCUCUACGAACACGCCUAGCCACCCUGGACCAAUAGGAACAGGUUUCAGGCUCCGGAGAGGCCCGAGUGAGCGGGUGUGAUAAUGGUCGGGUGGCCAUUUUGUGCAACUUUAUUGGUCGAAAAGGCCCAGAGGAGACCCCAUGUGGUCGGGAAGGGCCAGAAGUAGGGGAACGCCCUCACCCCGGAAGUCUGGCACCCACCCUACCACCCCUACCCCAGAAUAUGCCCAGACAUGUCCGAAGGUGGACAUGUGACCCCUCUACGAACACGCCUAGUCAGCCUGGACCAAUAGGAAUAGGUUUCAGGCUCCGAAAAGGUCCGAGUGCGCAGGCGUGAUAAUGGUCGGGCGGCCAUUUUGUGCAACUUUAUUGACCGUAUCGGGGUCAAGUGAGCUCUCUACGAACACGCCUGGCCAUUCUGAUUCAGUAGGAAUACCCCGUUUCUCUCUGAGCCACUUUGUUUUUGCAGACCCACGGUUUGAGCGAUCAUGGGUUCCCCAGAGAGAUCCUUGGAGGAUAUUGUACAAGAAACAAUUGUAAACCCUAGCCCGAGAAAGCGGUAUAUUAGUACAAGUUCUGAUGAUGAGAAAUUCCCACCAGCUAAGCGUCCCGAAGAAGAAGACCAAGAACUUUAUGAAAUCUGGCAGGGAAUCUUGGAAGAUGCAGCGGCAGAAUCUUUUGGAGCUCAGGAGGGUGAGGACCGCGGCCUUGACACACUGCCUCUAGCAAUAUGGAACUAUACAGAGCCCGGGAACAUGCAUAUCAGGAAUCCUCCCGCUGUGAGAACGCAUCAACCCAGCCAUGUUACUAUGCAGAAUUUCCUAGGACUACAAGUGGAUGAUUCAGAUUACAUACCAGCAAGGAAAAGACGUUCUGCUAUGAAAGGCCUUGUCAGAGCGGGGGUAUAUGGAAUUUUAAAAUACUGCCUGAAGAAUUACAUGUAUGAUUCAUGCUACGGGUGUAUGGUUCAAGCAGGGGGGCAAGACUCACAUGAAUGUGUUACUUGGACCGAUAGAAAUGUUUCCAGAUUUAUUAGAACAUUGUCAUCAAGGAUGUGUGUGAAAGCAGUGCUCCACAUAAUUAUUAUAAUUGCUUACAGCUUGAAAAUGUUAUUGCUAUCUAGUGAUACCGUGAAUCAGACUCUAAACCUCAUCAGCAGGGUUAAGGGUUCUGAUGACCCGCAGGCUGUGUUAGAAGCUAUCCCACAACAGAACGAUUCCAGAAUGCUCUCUUUUGUGAACUGUGUCCUCGAAAAAAGGGGAUACAGACAGUUUCUUGUUCCAGAGAUACCUGAAUAAAUUCCCUCGCAAAAGUCUAAUGGAACUGUUGUACACGACUGCCCUCUAGUGGUGUGUGUUUUUUGCUUUUUGUUGUUGUUAAUACAUUCUUCCUAGAAUACUGACUGUUUUUGUAUGUCUAUUAAAAUACUAUAUUAUUAUGUAUCAAUUCAUAAAUAAAUAAAAUAACCCUGGCUCUAAACAAAUGACUGCUUUAUUUUUGCUGGGGAUACCCUAUUACAGAUAUAUUUACAAGGAAC